CGUGCAUCGCGCGUGGGCCUCGGCGAUUCCGCUGCUGCUCUCGCCGCCUGCCUUUGCUAUCGCAGCUUCCAGUCGAAAGUCAGCUCUGCAGUAUAAAGCUUACGGCAUUGACAGCGCGCACACAACUGAUGACAAGUAGACCGGCCAUUCCGAGAAAAAAAGCUGAUGGCGAGCGGCCAGCUGUAGCAUCCUGUUCGUCCGGUGACCAAUUGUGAUCGUGGUUGUCUCCCAACUGGAUCGAUUCGCGGCUUCCAUUUGCCAUUCGCCUCGGCCACAGUUGCCACUACGUUGUUUGACGCACAGUGCACUCGACCGGUAAACGAGCCGAUCAAGUGCUUCCUCGGCCGUGAUACCGGCUUACUGCAGUCCAGGACAUUGACAGUUAUAUAUCCAUUUUCAAACGUAGCGCUCACUGUAUCAUGAACGCGACAAUCAUAGAGAACAAGUUAGAAGCCGAGAUGGAGUUGGAAACAAAUGAGGAACAGUCGCCCAAAAUCGAAAUUUCUUGGAUAAUAGUCGCGAUUCUGGGCUUCAACCACGUGGCGGCGAUUUACGGCCUCUAUCUGGUUUUCACCUCGGCCAAAAUCGCCACUACGUUGUUUGCGAUUUUCCUGUAUCAAUUCACGAUGCUGGGAACUACGGCUGGUGUACAUCGACUCUGGGCGCAUCGGACCUACAAAGCCAAAUGGCCGCUUCAGGUGCUGUUGAUGAUCAUGUUUAGUACUUCCUAUCAAUUUUCAGUGCUGACUUGGUCGAGAGAUCACAGAGUUCACCACAAAUUCACUGACACUAACGCUGACCCGUACAGUUCGAAACGAGGCUUCUUGUUCUCGCACAUGGGCUGGGUGUUUUUGAAGAAACAUCCCGACGUCGCGAAGAAAGGCAAAGAAAUCGACGUGAGCGAUUUGUACAACAAUCCCCUGGUCAGAUUUCAACACGAACAUAAAACCGCGGUGUUGAUGUUGUGUUGCUACGUCCUGCCCACGCUGAUACCGAUGUACUUUUGGAACGAGACUCUUGCCAAUUCGUUUUACGUGGCAGUGGCUCUGCGUUGGACCUUCACGGCCCACUUAGUGGGACUCGUCAAUUCCGUCGCCCACAUGUUCGGCAACAAGCCUUACGACAAAAACUUGACCGCCGUGGAAAACAUGAGUGCCGCCAUCCUGACGUCGGGAGAAGGCUGGCACAACUACCACCACGCGUUCCCUUGGGACUACAGCGCAUCGGAGCUGGGAAACCAUUGGACCAACAACACCACGAGAUUCAUCGAUUUCUUCGCGAGAAUCGGCUGGGCGUACGAUUUGAAGACCGUUUCGCCGGAUCUCGUUCGGAAAAGGACUUUGAGAACUGGCGAUGGCUCCCACCCGGUCUGGGGUUGGAACGAUAAAGAUCUAACCGAGGAAGACCGCCUUGGCGCCACAAUAUUGUCACCUCAAAGCGGCACCAAAAUAUUCAAAUAAAGAGCCUCU